CAGUCGGCGUUCCUGGGUUAGGGAUUUCGCCGCCCUCUUUCGGCCCUACUUGGCUCAAAUAACGGUGUUGAUGGCCAUGCAGGAGAAAUACCCAAGUGAGAGGAUUUCUCAUGCCACUUCACCAGGUUCUGGUGUAAUUCAAAAGGGUAGUUCCCUGGGAACCGAAUGGCAGACCCCAGCUAUCUCAGAGGCUUUUCGGAGUCGCUUCAGCCGCUGCUCAAGUGUAGCUGACAGUGGAGACACAGCCAUCGGCACAUCAUGCUCAGACAUUGCAGAGGAUUUUUGUAGCUCAAGUAGCAGCCCUUCUUUCCAGCCCAUCAAAAGCCACAUAACCAUUCCAACAGCCCAUGUGAUACCUUCCACUUUGGGGACCUCUCCUGUCAAGCCAAAUUCUAUACCUGCUGGACUCUCUUCCUCCAAACUCCCUUUGUCAGGGCUGGCUGAAAGUGCUGGGAUGACAAGAAAUGGAGACCUUGGUGCAAUGAAAUGUUCUCCUGGCCUGUCUAGAGAUUUCAUGUAUCUUUGUGGUGCUCCUGGAGAAAAUGGAAUUGAACAGUCCUGGUUUCCAGCAGUGGGACAUGAAAGAGAAGAAGAGGUGAGGAAGUUUGAUAUGCCCAGUAUGGAGUCUACCCUUAAUCAGUCGGCAAUGAUGGAGACACUUUAUUCUGAUCCCCACUACCAAGUCCACUUUCACAACCCAAGAGCUGACACGAACAAGGAGUUAUACAAAGUGUUGCCUGAGACCAAGAAGGCACCGGGCAGUGGGGUGGUAUGUGAGCGGAAUGGACCUCACCCUAAUAGCAGUGGAGUGCUCCCUUUGGGACUCCAACCUGCUCCUGGCUUCUCCAAGCCUCUACCCUCUCAGGUAUGGCAGCCGAACCCUGACCCUUGGCGCCCACAUGAGCAGUCUUGCGAGCUCAGCACUUGCCGGCAGCGGCUGGAGAUGAUCCGUUUGCAGAUGGAGCAGAUGCAGCUUCAGAAUGGAGCCAUCUGCCACCAUCCUGCUGCUUUUGCUCCAUCACUGCCCACAUUAGAACCAGCGCAGUGGAUCAGCAUCUUAAACAGUAAUGAACACCUUCUGAAGGAAAAGGAGCUCCUCAUUGACAAGCAGAGGAAACAUAUCUCUCAGCUGGAGCAGAAAGUACGAGAAAGUGAACUGCAAGUCCACAGUGCCCUUUUGGGCCGCCCUGCCCCCUUUGGGGAUGUCUGCUUGCUGAGGCUGCAGGAAUUGCAGCGAGAGAACACUUUCUUACGUGCACAAUUUGCACAGAAGACAGAAGCCCUGAACAAAGAAAAGAUCGAGCUUGAAAAGAAACUCUCUGCUUCAGAAGUUGAAAUUCAGCUCAUCAGAGAAUCACUCAAAGUGGCGUUGCAGAAGCACUCAGAGGAAGGGAAGAAACAGGAAGAAAGGGUAAAGGGUCGUGAUAAGCAUAUCAAUAAUUUGAAAAAGAAAUGUCAGAAGGAAUCAGAACAGAACCGGGAGAAGCAGCAGCGUAUUGAGACCUUGGAACGCUACCUGGCUGACCUGCCCACCCUGGAAGACCAUCAGAAGCAGAGCCAGCAGCUUAAGGAUUCUGAGUUGAAGAGUACAGAGCUGCAGGAGAGAGUGACCGAGCUGGAGAGUUUGCUGGAGGAGACCCAGGCAGCCUGCAGAGAGAAGGAGGUUCAACUGGAAAGCCUAAGACAGAAAGGAGCAGAACUCUCCAGUAGACAUAGCCUGCAAGAUAAGCAGAGUAUGGAGGAGGCCAGUGGAGAAGGUCCAAAGGUGGAAAUGGAGUCCUGGCAGAAAGAAUGUGAUUCCCUUCGAAAGAUUGUGGAGAAGCAACAGCAGAAAAUGGAUCAGCUGCGUUUACAAGUACAGACCCUAGAGCAAGAAGUGGCUCAGGAAGAAGGAACAAGCCAGGCCCUGAAAGAGGAAGCCCAGUGGAGGGAGACAGCUCUGCAGCAGCUACGCACAGCGGUGAAGGAGCUUUCAGUGCAGAACCAGGACCUGAUUGAGAAGAAUCUGACACUCCAGGAACACCUGCGCCAGGCCCAACCAGGGUCCCUGUCUUCACCAGACACAGCCCAGCUGGCAUUUGAGCUGCACCACGAGUUGGCCAGUUGCCUUCAAGAUCUGCAGGCUGUCUGUAGCAUUGUGACCCAGAGGGCCCAGGGCCAUGACCCCAAUCUCUCCCUGCUCCUGGGCAUUCACUCUGCACAGCACCCGGGGACUCAGCUGGAUUUGCAGAAGCCGGAUGUGAUCAAGAGGAAACUAUUAGAGGUUCAACAGCUGCGCCGUGACAUCGAGGACUUAAGGACCACCAUGUCAGACAGAUAUGCCCAGGAUAUGGGAGAAAACUGUGUUACACAGUGAAGAAUGCUGGGGUGGCACACGCUCUGUUCCCCCAGGGAAGAUCUGGUCUGUUGAGCGCCAGUCUGCCCAGGUUCUGCCCUGACAAUCUCUUGCCUCCUGUCUGCUGCUGUUCCCAGAGAGAAGGGGUGGAGGGGGUUAAGAACCUGCGUCUGGGGCCAUGGGCUUAUUAAGGAACAGUGCCUGCCCUGCUGCACACUGGCUUUGCGUUGUUGGAUUGCAUUUGUCCUAUCAUUGGAUUUACCCUUUGAGGGUGAGUUACUAAUUAACUUCUGCAGGUUACCUGAUAAGUCCUCACAGACUGUUCCAGCCCCUGGCUGAUGUCAAAGUUAAACAGGCUGCUCAAUUCCCUUUUCCAUCCUCUGGGAUGGAUCCGUAUUCAUUCCCACUCCAUACCUUGGUCCCGCUGGUGGCAGAGUUCAGUAGAAGGGCAUAGAAAGUCUGAGUACCAGUCAUGAAGGCCAUGUGAGAAUUCUCAGGCCAGCAGGCCAGCCUGCCUGGGAUCUGAGCUGGCUUUCUUGGGUGUUCUUAGGCCUGGUCCCACUGCUGCUUCCUCAGGGCUCUUGUUCUCACAGACACCUCAGGGUGAUCUGUUUAUUAGCAAAGUACCCACUAGAAUUGGCCUAAGGAUUCUAUCCAGGCCUCCUCCAUCUGUGCUGUCAUGCCAUUUUGUAGGAUGCCCCACUCUCCAGCUGCCCUGUCCUUUGGGGGCCUGGCCAUGUGGUUAGCACAGCUCCCUUCUCUUUUCUUAGGCUAGUCAGGUAGCCCCCUUGCAAACUCUUCUUUAUGGUUCUGGAUUUGAGCAGGAUUUUCCCCUAGAAUACCACGGGGCAACUGUCAAGCUGUUCGCCUCCUCCUCCUGGUGUCUAAGGGCUGGCGUCCAGCCCUGACUUGUGCCUCUCUUUUGUUUGUGGGCAGGGUCCUUUCCUUUUCUUGCUCUGCGGCUUCUUGAGAGUUCAGAGUACCCAGUAUAGUUUGGCUCUAAGGUAUAGCUUAUUUGCUGGGUUUUGUUUGGGGCCUUUGGACCCUCUGCUUUCUGGUUUCUCAUGCCUCCUCAUUUAGGGGGCAUCUCACAACACAAUUGUUUGUAUCUGGUUCUUGGGCUGGCCCCAGGCCUGCACUAGAUCUGGAGCCAAGCCAGCCAGGGCCUUGGAAGGGUGUGCAGGAGCACUGAGCAAUCCCAGAGCCAGCCACCAGGAGUUUGUUGGUAAGCCUUGAGCAGUCAGAGAAGCAUCCUGAACCUCACUCUUGGGUCUGAAUGAGACUCCUUAAGUGUUUUUACAAUUCUGUGUCUUAUUUAUGGAGUGAUGUAUCCCUUCCAUUCAGAACAGCCCCACCCAGCCAUCCCCCUCAGCCUCUGGGCUCCUUCCUGCCUCCUAAAAGCAGAGCUGCCUGGUUGGUCUCCACCCUGUGUUGGGAGCCCAGCCACCAUGCUCACGGGUAUUUUUCCUCAAAGUUUAUAAGCAGUUAUUUAUAUGAAUCCUUGUUAUGUCAACUGGUUUGUAUUGCCUAUUUUGAUUACAAAAUAAAAUAUUUAACAAAC